UAAAAAAGAAAAACUGCGGACAAUAUAUCUUCAAGAUGGAGACAGUGAAAAAUGCAGCGGCUUCCAUUAAAGAGACAGCGGCUAACAUUGGCGCCGCCAAUAAAUCCGGCAUGGAGAAGACCAAAGCCAUCCUCCAAGAAAAGGGUGAAAAGAUGACCGCGCACGACCCAACACAAAAACAACUCGCAACCGAGAAAAAAGAGUCCAGAAUAAAUGAGGCCGAGUACGAGAAGCAAGUGGCGCGUGAACAAAACGCUACUCAAAGACAGGCAGCAGAAGCCACUACAGGAACACAAUCUUACUCAACCACAGGAGCCACAGGUGAGCCAAUGGGAGGCCACCAGAUGUCGGCAUUGCCAGGACAUGGAACCGGAGUGCCGGCUGGAAAUGUAGUUGAAGGGGUCAUCAAGUCUCACCCAAUUGGAACAAAUACCGGGACUGGUACAACUUUGGCUGAUCAUAACUUGAAAAGUGGUGGUGGUGCCGGCGGGUAUACCACCGGUGGAGCAUACCGUUAGUUGAUAGGUAUCGAAAUAAAGGAUGUGAUACAAGAAAUAGACAUGUACUGUAAAAUAAUGCUAGAGACACUUCAUAUAUAUACACUUCAUAUAUAUAUAGUUGUGUUUUUAUAUGGUGUUUAUAGUUGUAGGGACAUUCCUUAUGCCAUCAAAUUAAGUUAUUGCUUAAUUUGUGUUCAAA